AUGAAGGCAAAAGUACCAGCGGCUCCACUUCAUGCUCUCGAUCACAAAAGGGAUGCCUAUGGGUUUGCAGUGAGACCUCAGCAUUUACAAAGAUACCGGGAAUAUGCAAAUAUCUACAAGGAAGAAGAGGAAGAGAGAUCAGAUAGAUGGAAAGACUUUCUUGAUAGGCAAUCAGAGACGAUUCGAUUGGACACCAAUGAUUUAUCGGCAACCAAUAUAAAGGCUGAAGAUAGUUCCAAGAAUGUUAUCAGUGAAAAAUACAAAGAGAAGCAAAAAUGGACUGAAAUAAGACUAUCUCUUCGUGUCAUAGAGGAUUGGAUGAGCUCUCGGGUGAAAAAUGAGGUCAGUUUGAUUAGCAGAGAUGAGGCUCUUGAUAAGGGGACAUGCAAAGAGGACUCUGAGGAAGAAUUCCAUGAUUUGGAUAUAACGGAAUUGGAUUCUGGUCAAGAAAGGACUUCACCAGACUGUAUUUCUGACGGUUUUACCCUUUCAGAAUCUCGACCUUCUUGGGAAGAGGAACUCAAAUGUCUUGUUCAAGGAGGGGUCCCGAUGGCACUAAGGGGGGAGAUGUGGCAAGCCUUUGUUGGUGUUAGAACUCGUCGGAUAGAGAAAUACUAUGACAAUUUACUUGAUCCGAGUUUUAGUGUAGAAGUUAUGAAAAAUGGGCUAGAGGAAAAGAAUCACUAUUCGAAUUUAGAGAGGGUGGGUGUACCUGAAAAAUGGAAAGGCCAGAUUGAGAAGGACUUGCCUCGAACUUUUCCCGGUCAUCCUGCUCUAGAUGAGGGUGGUCGAAAUGCUUUAAGGCGUCUACUUACAGCAUAUGCCCGUCAUAAUCCCUCUGUUGGCUAUUGUCAGGCCAUGAAUUUCUUUGCCGGCUUGUUAUUACUCUUGAUGCCAGAGGAAAAUGCAUUUUGGACCUUAACGGGUUUACUAGAUGACUACUUCGAAGGCUAUUAUUCAGAAGAAAUGAUUGAGUCUCAGGUCGAUCAGCUUGUUCUCGAGGAGUUAAUGCACGAAAAAUUCCCCAAAAUUGCAAAUCAUCUGGAAUACCUGGGAGUACAGGUGGCAUGGGUGGCUGCCCCAUGGUUCCUCACAAUAUUUAUAAAUAUGCUUCCUUGGGAAAGUGUUCUUAGAGUCUGGGAUGUUCUUCUCUUUGAAGGGAAUCGUGUAAUGCUUUUCCGGACUGCACUUGCUUUAAUGGAGUUAUAUGGGCCUGCAUUGGUUACAACAAAAGAUGCUGGAGAUGCUGUCACACUGCUUCAAUCAUUAACAGGCUCGACUUUCGAUAGCAGCCAGCUCGUCUUGACAGCUUGCAUGGGUUUCCAGAAUAUUCACGAGAAAAGAUUACGCGAACUGAGAAGUAAACAUCGAUUAGCAGUCUUUGCUGCUCUCGAAGAAAGGUCAAAGGGACUUAAACAUUUGGAUAUGAGCUUGAAUGGUGAUCCUGCAAAAGAUCUUCACGAGCAGGCGGUGUGGCUAAAGGUUGAGGUAUGCAAGCUGCUCGAGGAAAAACAAUCUGCUGAGCUCAGAGCAGAGGAGCUCGAAACAGCAUUAAUGGAGAUGGUCGAGCAUGAUAAUCGCAAGCAACUCAGUGCACGGGUUGGGCAAUUAGAACGAGAGGUCUCUGAACUUCGACAAGCACUUCUAUGCAAGCAUGAGCAAGAGAAUGCAAUGCUUAUGAUGUUAAUGAGGGCCGAACAAGAACAGAAGGCAACCGAGGAUGCUCGCCUAUCUGCCGAGCAAGAUGCUGCUGCCCAGAAAUACGCAGCUCAAGUAUUUCAGGUAAAGUGUGAAAAAGAAAAUGCUGCGCUAGUCGAGAUGGAAAACCGGGCAGUUAUGGCUGAGUCGAUGCUGGAAGCUACUUUGCAGUAUCAGUCGGUACAAUACAAAGCGCUUCAUUCUCCCCGAGGAAUCGAUAUUUCCUCCAGUACAGAAAGAGGGGCCAAAUGA